GUUGGCAAAUGUGACGAGGAUGGGAUGGGAAAACGAAGCAAAAAAAAACCCGCAAACUACAGUCAAACACAAUAACAAAUAGAGCCAUCUAACUAUCGGUCGCUUAUCACCCCAAAACGCUGUGUUUAAAGUAACAAAAAGACGAAGGACCGUUUCCGUAUCCCAAGGAGGUGGCCAAUUAGCGCUUUCGCUAACCGCGCGUAACGUGACGGUGUUUUGGUGUGCAGUGCACAAGUUGCGUGUUUGUUGUGUGCGGUUUACGGAAGUGUGAUUCACCGUACCGAGCAAUCGGAGUGACCAUUUACGAGCUUAGUGCGUGUUUUUUUCGUUUUCGUAAAAUUGUGCAGAAGAGAGGAUUAAGAAAAGUCCAAGCUGCUGAGUAUCGGGCAAGCGACACUACUAGAACCAGCCAAGAAGAUAACACAACAAACACACCACUGUUAAGCCCCAAACAAACAGCCUCGCUGUCAGCAUUGCACAGUGAAGCAGAAGCGGAGGAAAAAAACAGUACACGUCAACAAUCCGAUCGCCCGCCCGCACGACGACAGGAGCCAGCAGCUAGCAGCAUUCCAGCACCUCCCGUGUGUGGCUGAUCGAUCGGCGACCGAGUGUCGCUGGCGGAAUACUAAACAGCAGCAACCACGGUUGGCCUGCUCUCCUCCACGGAUCGGUUUGAGGAAGUCGAUUCGGGGUGAAAGUUGUACCGAGCGGCUGCUAGGUGCCGUCUACAAAUCCUCCCCCCGCUCCAAUAGGCGUUUUGCAGUGUGCGCCGUUGCGGUGGUUGCUUUGUUUCGGCGCUACGUGCUCUGCCAGUUUUUCCACCAUCGUGUAUGUGACGAGGAACACGAACGCGCACACCGACGGCCCGAACCAGUCAAACGAGCCGAGCAGAUUACCACCAACACACCAGCACGGUGGGCACUCGCUCGUGGCUCUCUGGCCUAUCCCACAAUAAACUGGUGCUGUCCGGCGGCCCAACGGUUCAGUCUUCGGUUGUACGCGCCCGCGGAAAGAUCGGCUCUAUCUGCGCGCUCCUCUGCUCGUGUGAGAAGAAAAAAAAACGGUUCCACGAGCUGUAGCAGGCAAACCCAGCACCAGCAUGUGCGGUAUCUUUGCGUACCUAAACUUCCUGACGCCCAAGACGCGGCGGGAAGUGCUGGACCUGCUGCUGAACGGGCUGAAGCGGCUCGAGUACCGCGGGUACGAUUCGGCCGGCGUCGCCGUCGACGGCACCACGUUCGAUGCGGACAUACUGCUGUUCAAGCGCACCGGCAAGGUGAAGGUGCUGGAGGACGCGAUCCACUCCGCGGCGCAAACGGUCGACUUUAGCCAGUCGUGCGAUACGCACGUCGGCAUCGCGCACACCCGCUGGGCGACGCACGGUGCGCCGAGCGAGGUGAACUCGCACCCGCAGCGGUCGGACGACACGAACGCGUUCGUGGUGGUGCACAACGGCAUCGUCACCAACUACAAGGACAUCAAGAAGUUCCUGGAGCUGCGCGGGUACGCGUUCGAGUCGGACACGGACACGGAGGCGAUCGCGAAGCUGGUGCACCAUCUGUGGAAGCAGCACCCGAACUAUUCGUUCCGCGAGCUCGUUGAGCAGGUGAUCCAGCAGCUGGAGGGUGCGUUCGCGCUCGCCUUCAAGUCGAAACACUUCCCGGGGGAGUGUGUGGUGACGCGGCGCGGCUCCCCGCUGCUGGUGGGCAUCAAGGCGAAGACGAGCCUGGCCACUAACCACGUGCCGAUCCUGUACGGGAAGGGCCACCGGCACGGUUCGUCGGGGAAUGUUGGGGUGGUUGAGCCGACGCCGGACAAUACGGCCGACUUUAUCAAUCCGGGCGAGGAGGUGGAGUACUUCUUCGCGUCGGACGCGUCGGCAGUGAUCGAGCACACGAACCGGGUGAUCUACCUGGAGGAUGACGAUGUGGCGGCGGUGAAGGACGGGGCGCUCGGCAUCCACCGGCUGAAGAAGAGCCAGGACGAUCCGCACGCGCGCGAAAUCACCACGCUCAAGAUGGAGAUCCAGCAGAUCAUGAAGGGCAACUAUCGGUACUUCAUGCAGAAGGAAAUCUUCGAGCAGCCGGAAUCGGUGAUCAACACGAUGCGCGGGCGGGUGAACUUCGAGAGCAAGAAGGUGACGCUGGGCGGCAUCAAGGACUACAUCCCGGAGAUUAAGCGCUGCCGGCGGCUGAUGCUGAUCGCGUGCGGUACGUCCUACCACAGCGCGGUGGCGACGCGCCAGCUGCUCGAGGAGCUUACCGAGCUGCCGGUGAUGGUGGAGCUGGCGUCCGACUUUCUCGACCGCAACACGCCGAUCUACCGGGACGACGUGUGCUUCUUCAUCUCGCAGUCGGGCGAAACGGCCGACACGCUGAUGGCGCUGCGGUACUGCAAGCAGCGCGGCGCGCUGAUCGUCGGCAUCACCAACACGGUCGGCAGCUCGAUCUGCCGCGAGUCGCACUGCGGUGUGCACGUGAACGCGGGGCCGGAGAUUGGCGUCGCCUCGACCAAGGCGUACACCUCGCAGUUCAUCUCGCUCGUCAUGUUUGCGCUGGUGAUGAGCGAGGAUCGGCUGUCGCUGCAGAACCGCCGGCUCGAGAUCAUCGAGGGGCUGCGCAAUCUGGACGCGCACAUCAAGCAGGUGCUGAUGCUGGACCAGCGCGUGCUGGAGAUUGCGCAGGAUCUGUACCAGCAGAAGUCGCUGCUGAUCAUGGGGCGCGGCUACAACUUUGCCACCUGCAUGGAGGGUGCGCUCAAGGUGAAGGAGCUGACGUACAUGCACAGCGAGGGCAUCAUGGCGGGCGAGCUGAAGCAUGGUCCGCUCGCGCUCGUCGACGACACGAUGCCGAUCGUGAUGAUCAUCAUGCGCGACCCGGUGCACCAGAAGUGCAUGAACGCGCUGCAGCAGGUGACGGCCCGGGAGGGCCGCCCGAUCAUCAUCUGCGAGGAGGGCGACCGGGAGACGAUGGCGUUCGCGUCGAAGGCGCUCGAGAUACCGCGCACCGUCGAUGCGCUGCAGGGCGUGCUGACCGUCAUCCCGAUGCAGCUGCUGUCCUACCACAUCGCGGUGCUGCGCGGCUGCAACGUCGACUGUCCACGAAAUCUCGCCAAAUCGGUCACGGUGGAGUAAUGGAUAUUCGUGCUGUGUGUGUGUGUUAUGUGUGCAAGAGCAGUGCGUGAGUGUGUGUGUGUGACACCCAAUGCGAGGGGGAAGGAACAUUACGUUGUUGGGCUGGAAAAGGCGGCUGAACGCUAGUAGAGAACGCCGUGUCGUUUGCGAUUUUGUUUUCCUAUUUUUUCUGAAUUAUGUGCACGCACCCAGUAGCUUUUAAGUUGUUCUCCAAGAGGGACUUUUUUAUGAUUACUUGUUGUUGAAACCCGUUUCUAUCGUGCGCUAAAAGCGAAACACUACCCUUUCUCUCUCUCUCUAGUACAGGGUUUUUUUUUUCUGGGAUACUCAUAGCUGUGGGAUACUUUCUUGCCUCUUUCUUAUGGGAAAUCAAAUGUAUCUGAUGUGAAUUGGACUCUGUGACUGCGAACAGACGGCGUCCACGGGCCUGCCCACGCCCGAAUGCAGAGCCGAUGGCAUACGAUUCUAUCUUCACCAUUAACAUGAGAGGGACAUAGCUUAUACCCUGAACGUACCCGAAAGGUAUGCAUGCUUCACUCAUCAGGAUCUAAAGGCAAGGACAAGGCAAAAGAGACACAGAAAAAUUUCCUCACAGCUACACAUGUCCUUUUGAUACAGCGGUAUACGGCAGGUAAGCAGUACAAAUGCUGCUACCUGAUACGCACACAUAUUUAACUAACACAUAUAAUCGGGUUGGCUCGGUAAAGGUCGGGUUUAUCCGACGGAGUCGCCAGAACGUAAAGCCGCAGACUUUUUCAUGAUUUUGUAUGACUUCGGCUGUUUUGGACCGUACGUGUAGGCGCAGGCUAUGGCAUCCUGUUUAGACAGACCCAUUGAAAAAUCCUACUGGAUUUGUCCAAAAAGGGUGCCAUAGAGCCAAUUCCUUUCACAUAAAGUUCAUUUCGUGCAAGAAAGAGUCAUGAAAGUAUCCCACAAGUAUGAGGACCCUGUAAGAAGCAGUAACAGUUAGAAAAACGGAAGCUAGAAUCUGUUUGGCGAAGAGAUAGAACAAUUGUAAAAGUCGCCGUUGUUUGGAGUCACCGUUACGUGCAAAAAUCUAAAUUAUGGCGCGAGAAAACGAAUCUUAAAAUGAUAAAUGGUCGGUGCCACUACAACACUAUCAUUGCAUCACACUAGUAGCGCGUGAAUGGAAGAUACGAUUAGCGGCCUUAGGGUUCGCGCUGUGCGUCGAGCGCAUUUUCCGUCUCUUGUUUUUGUUUUAUCAAUAAGCUCUUUUUUAUUACUCGCUACCCUCUCUCCUAACCCUCCCCCUCCCCCUCCCUCACUUGCCACAUAAUGGCCAUCGCUAUAUCGGGUGGGCCGUCAUAAUGGCAAGCGCUAUUGUAAAAGGGCUCCCAACACACAAGAGACAGCUGAGGCGUCGAUUGAUGCCUCCACGUCCGCAAAAGCGUCGUCAGCAGUGAGUGUGCAGGCAGUGUGCAAACAAACACCCUUAGGAGUGGCGGUGGUGGGGGAGGACGCCAGCACCAGAGCACACGAAAACUAGCUCGAAACAAUCCGCCCUGUGUCUGUCUGUGUGUGGUUGUGAAGCUGAGUGAUAAGCGCGAACACACCACACAUUGGCGCAACUUUAUCAUUUGCAUCAUUUACAGAGAAUUGAUAGGCUUCCCCCUCCUUCUCCCACCCACCCUGGUGUGUGUGUGUUUGGCCGCCCACAUCCCCCCGUCCCGUCCCUUGUUUGGAAACUGUCUGAAUGUACAAGGGAAACGUCUUUGGCCAUUACCUGUUCCUGCGUCUGUGCGGAGAUAAGUUUGAUUUUGGCCUAAUUUUGGCCACCAUUUUUCCCCCUUCCCCUCUUUCCCCCCCUAAAACAGUUUCCCAUUUUGAUGGUGGCCACACAAUUAGUGGUCAAUUUUGUACAAUAAAGCAACCCGUAUCUUCGAUCAAAAAUCGGACGGCAGAAAGCGUCAGCAACGACGGCGGCAAGUGUCUUCCUUAACAGCAACAAGUAAAACAAAAAUCCAUCUAGCUAUUGUGUUACAUUUCUAGAAGGAAGGCAGGGAGUUUCGGCAGAAGUAGAUUUGAUUAGAAAGAGUGGCGCGCGCGCGCGCGCGCACACACGCCACCCACCGGCAGCGUGCAAACGGCGGCACGCCACGUGUCUUGUGUUUAAUCUCGCGCAAAAAGUGGGUUAAGAUCGAUGCAGGAGUUUUCUUCUACCCUUAUUUCUUUAUUGUUAUAGUUAUAUGUUAAACACACCACGCUUUUGCAUCAAACUGUUUUUGGACGUGCAUUUCGGAAUGAAUAGUGAAAGUGUGAAAAGAAAAAUAAUCAAGACGAACUGAUCGGGAGUUGACUAAAUUUAAGCCAAAAAUAUGAAACGAAAAAUUCAACACAAAACCAUGCAGGCCGAAGCAGAGAGAGAGAGAGAGAGCGAGCGAGCGAGCGAGCGAAGGAUGUAAAA